AUGAAACCGUCUUUGGAACGAGCAAAGUUUAUGUAUGCCACGGCCCAUGGGAUUGAAGUGAGCGCCGUCACGGAAGCGAUCCUGAAUGAAACGGAGGAAGGGAUUGAUGGUUGGGCGUGCAAGGGCUUAGAUUGCAAAGCCCGUGGGCCCAUGGGAAACGCUAUGUAUCGGCAGAUCAAGAAAUGUCCGGGGGCCAACGAGACUUACAAGUGGCUCUUCGAUGAUUUGAAAAAGAAGUUUCGCCAAAGCUGGGCAGUGUCAAGAAGCUUUGAUUUCGUCGCCCGCAAAAGGAUCCGGAGCAUCUCCACCACCACCAAGAACACGGAGAUUGGACAGUGGAGGAGUGAGCUCCAGCUACAGGUCUACUUCGGGGGCACUGAUCAAGAAGAAGCGAAAAGACAAGCCAGCAACUACAUCAAGAAUUGCAGAAAGUUCCCGGAGCGGGAUGCCUUCGUGAAGUUCAAUACAUGGACUGAGGCUGACAAUUUUCUCUUGGUAGAGAAACUGGUCUCCAAGACGGAGGAGGAGGCUUGGCGUGAAGUGGCAGAGAUGACAGAUGGUAGCGGCACCUACGAGACCGAGUCUUUCAAAUGCAAGGCAGUCCGCAAGUUCGCAGCUCAUCAUGGGCUUCAAGUGGAGGAGGUCAACAUCGAUGAUGUUGUGAAGUCCCCACUCGGCCUCCGUGGAUGGGGCGAUUACAACAUUGUCGUUCCAGGUGUUUCAGACCAUACUUUGUCAGAGGCGGCCACAGAGCCCGCCGAUGCAGGCAAGGAUGCUGAUACCACUGGUGAUGGUUCUGUGCCCCGUCCAAAGGCCAAGGCUAAAGCCAAGGCGAAGGGGAAGGGGGGCAAGGUUCCAGGCUCAGAGAGACCCAAGAAGCCCAAGAAGGAGCUUUCUACAGAGCAAAUGUCAGAGCAGCAGUCAAAGGAAAUUCUUACCAAGCUUCAGCGAUCCCAACAGAUCAUGGAAAAGAUUUCUCACAUGGGUGAUGAACUACCUUCCCAAUUCUCCUGGGCUCGUGGCUUUUUGGAAGAGUACAAAGACCUGCUCAACCGCUUCAAAGAUGCUCUCACGCCUUCUGAGGGGGCGGAACAAGAUCUCACUGAGUUCGUCGAUGAGCUCAAGUUGAACGUCAUCACCAAAGCAGGCUUGCGAUCUUUGAAAAAAGAGUACGGCAAGAACUACGAGAGCAUGCUCGCUCUGUUUGUGGAUCGGAUGAAUGGCGUUGCGACAAAGGUGCACAACAUGACCCAGGCCAUGAGCACAGAUCCGCAGCCUAAGAAGAGAGUAGCCACAUUGGCUUAUCACAUAACCCGUGCUGGAGGGCAAGGUUUGGAAGACCUGGCUUUGAAUGCAACUUCUGCUGUCAAAAACGGCCACCGGCAUGUGAAAAAACAUGCUGGAAAAAUCUAUCCUGAAGUUGGUUUGGAUUUUGUGAAGUGUCCUAUGUACAAGAAGCGUGAUUCCCAGCGCGUCGUGGAAGAGGUCCCGAUCUAUCUUCCCUCCACAGCUUUUCAAAAAUACAUUACCCAAGACAUGGUUGACAACACUGCGGAAUUUGACAAGAUUGUUGGUGAUUUGGAUGCUUACUGGGACCACCCCCUGGUCAAGGCUGCCAAGGCGGAGGGUAUCAAGCGCCAUGUUCGCCCAAUAGCUCUUUACUGGGAUGGAGUCGUGUACACCAAGAAGGAUUCCUUUUUUGCAUUCUAUGUCACAGACAUCUUGAGCAGUGAAGAAAUGUGCCAAUGUGGGUGUCGUGGCUGGUGCAGCCUCUAUCCCCUCUUGCUGCGCUGGACCACAGAUUUGAAGGGCCUUGAGGUCUUCGGACUCAGGUAUUGGAGCCACAAGGUUCACCCGUGCCCUCUCUGCAGAGUGACUCAAGAAGAAAUCGGGGAACUUCGACUCAACGACAUCACAGUUGAUUCCAUGCCCUACGAAAGCUAUGGCACCAAUGAGUACAACCGGGAUCUUUCCGAGUUUGUACAAGUUGUGCAGGUGACUUCACUGACCAUGAGGGCCAAGAUUCACCAGAACCUGGUUUACAAAUUCAAGAUGCGGGGUCGGUGUUUGUCCCACGCUCUCCCACUAUAUGGCCUCAAGAAAUCCAGCCGCUUGAUGCCAACGCCCACGUUGCCUGACGUGGCUGGCUUUGAGUUCAAAGAGAUUCCAUUUGAGACUUCCUGGUGGGUUUGUCCAGAAGAUGGGCGGCUUCUGCACGAUUGCCCUUUGCUAAAUUUGUCUGGCGUAGGCCUGGAGACUUUCUCUUUGGAUAUUAUGCAUAGCUGGCAUUUGGGCCCCCUUCAACUUCUGGUCAGCAAGGCUUUGAACUACUGCCUUGACACAGGUUUAUGGGGCCCACGGGCUGGUGGUGGGGGCGACGCCCAAGACCGACGGAAACUCUCCUUGCUAGCAAUAAAAUCUGAGCUGUUUGCAUUCUACCGGGACCAGCGGCAAGACAAAGAUUGGUUGGGAAAGGGGUCUGAAGUCUGGAACCUAACUUUGACCAUGCUGGGCUCUACGGAUGCUCCCAGCCUCCAUGCCAAAGCUGCCGAAUCGCAUGGACUGGCUCUUUUCGUUCGCCAACUUCUGGAGCGGCGCAUGGGUGAUUUUGAGCAAUACUUACCCCGAGCGGAUGCGAGGCAAGGAAAGUUUCUCUUGGAAGCGUCUAAGGCCGCUUCGGAGCUAGAUGUUGUGUUUGGUGUUGAAUCCCGGCGUCUCACCCGCAACCAAGUUCACAGAGCUUUGGGGUGCUACUCACGCUUCUUGUCUUUCUACAACAAGGCUGGGGGACCCCUGGUACCAAAGACCCAUUUUAUGGUACAUUUGAUUCAAAGGUCCUUGUACAAAGGAAACCCUCGCAAAUAUUCCACGUACCGUGAUGAAUCUUUGAAUGGCCAAAUAGCCAAAAUAGCACGGAGCUGCCAUAGGCGCACGUGGGCAAACAUCAUCCACUGGAAGACCCAGGCUUUGCAUGACAAAUGCCAUGCACGCUUGAUUGCGUCCGAGAAGUUCCAAAAACUUUUGCACCAGGGUGGAAAUGAUUUUGGUGAAUGGGUUCAACAAAACUAG